AUGGGAAAAAGCAAGAAAUGCAGAUGUGAUGAUAGUUCAAGCAGCUGUGACAGUGAUACCUCUUUCGAAAAGUUGUGCCGGAAAGAUCCUUUAAAGCUGCACAUUAAAAGAUUAAAAUUGGAGCGCAAGAUGAUUAAGAAAAACCGAUGCGUUUGUGGAUACUGCCCACCUGGGAACCUGGCUUGUUCGGAAAAUUUUAUCAAAAAAUAUAAACGAAGCCAUCAGCUGGGGUACAGCACAGAAUCUGUAAGACCCAAUCAAAUUAGAGUUAGACUGUUCUUGUUUUAUUGCUUCCCAGACUGCGAUCAUAUCUACCUACAACCGUUACUACGCGCUUCCGCUCUUUGA